CUUGAGGAUAUAGGAAGUCGGUGCUCGGGUGAUGUGGACUUAAAUCGCUCGAGAGCAUCAGCGGCGUGUCUUUAAGAAGAACGAACAAACUCUAAAAGACGGACUCACGGAUAUGACGCGGGUUUUUUGAGAGGUGUCUGAGUUUCUCUGGACAGAGACAGAAAACACCCACAGUCCGCAAUGAUGGCAGAAUGUGAUCCCACCGACGGCGAGCCGGAGAAAGGCGGCGGAGAUUUAACACCGGAGGCGAACUUUCUCAAUUCGGGGGUGCCCGCGGUCUUAUUUGAAAAGACCCGGUCGGUGCCGUCACUGGGACUUUCUUUGAACCCCGGGGCAGCGGUCCGGAUCUCGGACUCGACGGAAAGCGUGCUGACGGAGCUGGAAGCGGACGGGUCGGGGGAAGAGGCUCUUCUCUUACCAGGACCUGCCGGGAAUCUCUCACCUCGGGCUGGGAGAGAGAAAAGGACGCGAGGGAACAGACAUAGUUCAUCAUCUGAUAAUCUGGCAUCUCCAGGUAACAGCAGUGGAGAUUUCAACCAUUUCCCAGAAGACCCAGAAUUUGGGGAGAUUAUCCAAAGGGCAGAGCAGUCGAUAGAAAAUGGCGUAUUUCCUGAACGGAUCUCGCAGGGAUCCAGCGGAAGCUACUUUGUCAAGGAUCCUAAAGGGAAAAUCAUUGGUGUAUUUAAACCAAAAUCAGAGGAGCCUUAUGGUCACUUAAACCCUAAAUGGACCAAAUAUUUCCAUAAAGUCUGCUGCCCGUGCUGUUUUGGCCGUGGCUGCCUCAUUCCUAACCAGGGCUACCUCUCUGAGGCAGCUGCCUCACUCGUGGACCAAAAACUGGGUUUGGGGAUUGUACCCAAAACUAAGGUUGUAAAUUUGGCAAGCGAGACUUUUCACUACAAUGCAAUUGACCGUGCCAAAUCCCGUGGUAAAAAAUACGCCCUGGAGAAAGUCCCUAAAGUUGGACGGCGGUUUCACAGAGUCGGCCUUCCUCCAAAGGUGGGCUCAUUUCAGCUUUUUGUGGAGGGCUAUCAUGAAGCAGACUACUGGCUGAGGAAGUUUGAGGCAGAGCCUCUUCCAGAGAACAUGAGGAAGCAGCUUCAGUUUCAGUUCGAGAGGCUGGUGGUGCUGGAUUAUGUGAUUAGAAACACAGACAGAGGGAACGAUAACUGGUUGAUCAAGUAUGAGAAGCCAGGCGAUGGAGAGCUGACAGAGAAGGAAUCUGAAUGGACUGACCCAAAAGACUCGGCCAUAAAGAUUGCAGCUAUAGAUAAUGGUUUGGCCUUCCCUUUUAAACACCCUGAUGAGUGGAGAGCAUAUCCGUUCCACUGGGCUUGGUUGCCUCAGGCCAAAGUGCCCUUCUCCUUGGAGACCAGAGACCUUGUGCUCUCACGCAUUUCUGACAUGAACUUUGUACAGGACCUCUGUGAGGACCUUUAUGAGAUGUUCAAGACAGAUAAAGGGUUUGACAAAACCAUGUUUGAGAAACAGAUGUCCGUUAUGAGAGGACAGAUCUUAAACCUGACCCAGGCUUUGAAAGAUGUGAAGAGCCCCAUCCAGUUGGUGCAGAUGCCUCGUGUGGUGGUGGAGAGGAGCCGUGGAGGAGGACAGGGUCGUGUGGUCCAACUGGGCAAUGCUUUUACCCAGACGUUUCACUGCAAGAGACCCUUUUUCACCUCCUGGUAAAGAGGCCUCACAGAGAGGAUGAAGACUGGGUCCUAUCUUUGAUGGUUAGGGCCUAUUCAGACACUGGAUGGAGAACUUUCUGAUAAGGACUUGAUGGAUGAAUGUAGCAAAGGGAGAGACUUAAAAGACUCCACGGAGGAUCUGAGGCCUUUUGUUUUCCUGAGCCUUUUCCCAGAAUUCUCCUCUUCAGCUCACUAUAGCUGUCAAGUUGGAAUGUCAAAAGGGAAUCGUUCUUUGAAAAUGUUGAAGUUAUGUCGUGACAGCCUUUCUCAACUGCCAAUUAUUUUUUAAGUAUAGAUAUUAUAAAUGAAGAAGGAUGCUUAAAAAUAAUUUAAACUU